AUGGCUACCACCACAGCAAGCGCCGCUUCCUCACAACUCAAGCCCACCGAAUCCGCUGCCCAGAGCAUGCCUCGCGGUUCAAUGGCUGCCACAACGGCUGUCUCCAAGAUUCCAGGCCGAUCUGCUCUUCCAGAUGAAGCUGUUUCCAACCCUCACCACCGUCUCAAGCGCGGAUCGGUCAUAGGCUUCAAGAACCCUUAUCCUUCCUGUGCAAGCAAUCCCAGCUUCGGUACCAUGGUCCGAAAGAUUUGGUGGCCUUCUUUCACCGGCGAUCUCAAAAAGCCCAACUUGAAUCCUCCUAAUGUACCAGUUGUCAAGCCUCAAUGGAACACCGAGCGCGAGACUACCGAUAAGAUCCGUGCGACAUGGCUAGGUCAUGCCUGCUACUACGUCGAAUACCCUUCUGGCCUGCGGGUCCUCUUUGACCCUGUAUUCGAAGAUCGAUGCUCUCCAUUCAGCUUUAUGGGUCCCAAACGAUAUACGCCCAAGCCUUGCGACAUUAAGGAUAUCCCUAUUGUCGACGCUGUUGUUAUUAGCCACUCACACUAUGAUCACCUUUCACAUUCCUCUAUUCUUGAGGUUCAAAAAUACCACCCGGACGCCCAAUUCUUUGUUGGAUUGGGUCUAGAGACGUGGUUCCGCAAGUCUGGCAUUAACCAUGUUACCGAGCUCGAUUGGUGGGAGGAUGCCGACCUAACUGUCACCGUCAAGGACGGAGAUAACUCACGCGAAAUCAGUGCUCGUAUCUCAGCUUUGCCAGCACAGCACAGCUCUGCUCGAGGUUUAUUCGACCGCGACACUACUCUCUGGUGUUCUUGGGCUGUCAAGUCUGGUGGAAAAUCGGUUUGGUUUGGCGGCGACACAGGCUACCGAUCUGUCCCAAGUCUCCCACCAGGAACUGAUGAUUACAGCGCUGAAUUCGACCACCUUCCGAGGUGUCCUCAGUUCAAGCAAAUUGGCGAAUUCCGUGGACCUUUCGACUUGGGCCUGAUACCGAUCGGCGCGUACUAUCCCCGAGCAGCCUUCUCGCCCGUUCAUGCCGAUCCAAAUGAUGCUGUUGAGAUCUUCCGAGACACACAAUGCAAGCGGGCGAUGGGUAUACAUUGGGGCACCUGGGCGCUCACGAUGGAAGAGGUCUUGGAUCCCCCCAAGGUGCUGAAAGAGGCUUUACGCAAGAGAGGGAUUCCAGAAAUCGGUGUGUUUGACGUGUGUGAUAUUGGAGAGGCUAGAGAGUUCAGCUAAACCUGAGGAAGAGCGCCCAGGAGUUAUAAAAGCGACAUGUUUAAAGGCGGAUAUAAAUACCCCUAUUUUAUCAUUUUAUAGUUUGAGUUUGGAUAUGAUGUCUGCGUUCAGAAUGCAUCCAUGGUUCGCUGU